UGUCUAAGAGACAGACACAGGAGCAGGGCAGAGCUGCAGCCCAUUCAGGGGGCCCCCUGCCGCCGCCCUUCCUCAGCGGCUGCAGCUCCUUGGAGAGCGUGGGUCUCCCAGACAAGGGUCUAUGGUGGAUGGCUCUGGGGACACUCCUGAGGCUGUGCCGUCCCCCUGCUGCGCAGGUUGGAGGGUCACUGCAGAGGUUGCUCGUGGUCCCCGGGCUGGGGCCAAGGGAGCCUGCGCUGGAGACCCAUGCAGGACCCACAAAGGCAGCCACCCUGCUAAGAGCACAGUGGCCCAUCCCUGGAGACACUGACUUCUCACCGGUGGCCCUCAGCCCUCCACCUCCGGCUGGGGUGGGGGCCGCCCAGCACCAAGUCCCCAGCCAUGACCACGUCAGCACUGCGGCGCCAGGUGAAGAACAUUGUACACAACUACUCAGAGGCCGAGAUCAAGGUGCGUGAGGCCACCAGCAAUGACCCCUGGGGCCCACCCAGCUCCCUCAUGUCUGAGAUCGCUGACCUGACCUUCAACACCGUGGCCUUCGCCGAGGUCAUGGGCAUGCUGUGGCGGCGGCUCAAUGACAGUGGUAAGAACUGGCGGCAUGUGUACAAGGCGCUAACGCUGCUGGACUACCUGCUCAAGACGGGCUCUGAGCGGGUAGCCCACCAGUGCCGCGAAAACCUCUACACCAUCCAGACCCUCAAGGACUUUCAGUACAUUGAUCGUGAUGGCAAGGACCAGGGUGUCAACGUGCGUGAGAAGGUCAAGCAGGUGAUGACCCUGCUCAAGGAUGAGGAGCGCCUCCGCCAAGAGCGGACUCACGCUCUCAAGACCAAGGAGCGCAUGGCACUGGAGGGCAUGGGCAUUGGCAGUGGGCAGAUGGGCUUCAGCCGUCACCAUGGUGAUGAAUAUGGCCGCUCUCGGGGAUCUCCGUCCUCCUAUAACUCCUCCUCCUCAUCACCCCGCUACACCUCCGACCUGGAGCAGGCCCGGCCUCAGACAUCAGGAGAAGAGGAGCUGCAGCUGCAACUGGCACUGGCCAUGAGCCGGGAGGAGGCAGAGAAGCCAGUCCCCCCAGCCUCCCACAGGGAUGAGGACCUGCAGCUGCAAUUGGCUCUGCGUCUGAGCCAGCAGGAGCAUGAGAAGGAGGUGAGGUCCUGGCGGGGAGACGAUUCCCCCGUGGCCAAUGGUGCUGGUGGGGCCGCAGCCCCCUGUCGACGGGACAGAGAACCUGAGAGGGAAGAGACCAAGCAGGAGAAGCUAAAAACUAGCCAGUCCUCCAUCCUGGACCUGGCGGACAUCUUUGCACCUGCCACAGCCCUGCCCUCCACACACUGCUCUGCCGAUCCAUGGGACAUCCCAGGUCUCAGGCACAAUACAGAGCCCAGUGGCUCUUCCUGGGGGCCUUCGGCAGACCCCUGGUCUCCUGUCCCCUCAGGAAGUGCCCUGUCCCGAAGUCAGCCCUGGGACUUGCCUCAUACACUCUCCUCCUCUGAGCCCUGGGGCCGGACCCCAGUGCUGCCUGCUGGACCCUCUACCACACAUCCCUGGGCACAGGACUCGCCCCACCAUAAACUCAAUGCUGGGGUUGACCCUUGGGGAGCUUCCAUGGAACGCUCCAACUCACCUGGUGGUGCCUCGACCUUUGACCCACUCGCCAAACCUCCAGAAUCCAUAGAGGCGAGGGAGGGGCUGGAGAGUUCCCCAGCUCUGCCCUCUGGGAUGCCUAGCAGCCCUGUGGGUAAGCAGGAAGCAGAGCCGGACCUAUUUGGAGACCCCGUCCCCAGUUCCAAGCAAAAUGGCACGAAGGAGCCAGAUACCUUCGACCUGGGUGUGAUGGGGGAAGUGCUAGCCCAGCCCAGCAAGGAGACCAGAGCUUGCCCGACUCCUGAGUCCUUCCUGGACCCCUCAGCCUCUUCCCUGGUCAACCUUGAUUCACUGGUUAAGACACCCCAGGCAGCGAAGACACGGAACCCCUUCUUGACAGGUCUUAGCGCUCCGUCCCCCACCAACCCGUUCGGCGGGGGCGAGCCGGGCAGGCCCACCCUGAACCAGAUGCGAACCGGGUCACCGGCGCUGGGCCUGGGGGCCGGAGGGCCCAUCGGGGCGCCCUUGGGCUCCAUGACCUACAGCGCCUCCCUGCCCCUCCCUCUCAGCAGCGUGCCGGCCGGCGUGACCCUCCCCGCCUCGGUCAGCGUCUUCCCGCAGGCCGGCGCCUUCCCGGCCACGCCCGGGAGCCUCCCGCAGCCGCUGCUGCCCUUGUCUGCCUCUGCAGGGCCGCUGAACCCGCCCCCGCAGGCCAGCACCAAUCCCUUCCUCUGAGCGCGCCCCCUCGGGGUUGCGGCGCGAGCGCGGGAGGCCCCGCCCAGAGACGCGGCCAAAGGGGGCGGAGACACAAUAGUCCUGCCCCUGCAGGGGGCGUGACGGUCACCAAGACCCACCUCGGAAACCCGGGAGGCCGAGACUCCGCCCCGCGCCCGGAGCGCGCGCGCUCCAGGUCUCUGCAGGAUCUUGAAACUCAUCUAGAGACUAACAACUUCCUGGGGGCGAAGCCACGCUCCCCCACCCACCCAAUAAAGACUGGAACCCAGGUCCUCAGCUCUCGCCAAGUGGACUUUUUGCCGGACCUGGAGGACAGGCCUGGCUGCAGUGGAAACGACUGCUCCAGUUUUUCCUACAGCCAGCCCCCCUUCCCCCCCCUUACCCCCCUUCCAGCACACUUUGGCUUCCUGAUGCUCUCCAGGCUCUCACUUAUUUAUCACACGGGGGUACUGGAAAUGAGCUCAGAACAAGGAACUAGAUGCGACUGUUUUCAUUUACUCCCCACGCCUUCCGUGCUAAGCACUUUAGUCUUUGCAACCGUCCUUGGAGAUAGAUCCUGUUACGGGACUAGCUCCACAGUUUGUGGGACCCAGUGAGAAGUCCUUGACACUGCUCCCAUUUUAUAGGCAAGAAAGCUGAGGCUCAGAGAAGUUAAGUGGCAUGUUCAGAGUCACGAAGCCAGCACUACAAAGGGCUGGAACUCAGUCAGUCUGGCUCCACAACCCUGAGCUUUCAGACUGGGCCCCAGAUUUAAUUCACAGAUAGUGACUGCUAUAGACAAAGUGCAGGGCUUGCCUGGGAGAGAUCCAGAAACAGCUAAAAGCACAGUCUCCAGCAGUGCUGAACUCAGUGGAGCAGCAAGCCGGGUUCAGGAGCCCAGGGGACUUCUUGGAUUUACUGAAUCACGUGGAUUCAGUAACCCAGGUGUUACCUGUCCCCCUUUCCACGUGAUCACCAGGGCUGCCAAGAAUACUCAAUCUCAUUCACUAAGAAGAAGCCUCACCUCCUUAUCCCUUCCACUCCCAGGCUUAUGUGAGAUCUGGGAAACUAAAGGCCUGGUCUCACCUUGGGAAGUCACCCUCCUUUGCUAAACUUAGUGCCCUCUGAUCACUGUACCUAUGGACACAGGUGUGUCCUCCAUGCUCAGGGUCUGUUUCUGCGGGCAGCCUGCUGCCAGUUACCCCUCCCCCACACCCCUAGGGGCAUUGGGGAUAAUGGUCUUCCUGGGACCUGAAAUACUUACCAAAGCAGGGGCAGAAGACCCCAUGCCGCUCUCUUUCCUUACGUGGGAGUGGAGAAAGGAGCUUCUUUGGGUUAUUUUUUGGAGGGAGGAAGUUCUAGCUUGAUUGUUAGAGCAGAUAGGUAAAAGCCUACUUAGAAGAAGUCAGACCAACAGUGCUCAACACUACACCACGGUUUGCACUUAGUAAUGAUAAUAAUCACUUUGUAAUGAGUGGUUAUGCUUCCUGACCUUGAGUAAAUGAUUUAACCUCUCUAA